AUGUCGCCCUUGGAACUGGCAGAACUUAGGAAGCAGUUGACAGACUUGCUGGAUGCAGGCUUUAUCCAGCCUUCCAAGGCACCAUAUGGGGCCCCUGUGCUGUUCCAGAAGAAGCAAGAUGGCUCUUUGCGCAUGUGUGUGGACUAUCGUGCACUGAACAAAGUGAGAGUGAAGAACAAGUAUCCUGUCCCUUUGGUGGCAGAUCUCUUUGACCGAUUGUCCAAAGCCUCUUUCUUCACAAAGCUGGACCUUCGUUUGGGCUAUUGGAAAGUCAGAAUUGCAGAAGGAGACGAGCCUAAAACCACUUACUUCUGUUACCAGAUAUGGCUUUACGAGUUCCUUGUCAUGCUGAUAAGAGGCCAGUCGAUGAGGCUCUUGAACAAGUUCCCGGCGAAGUUAGCCCUAUAA